CUCUUCCCGGGACUCCUCCUCUUCCUGCUCCCCUCUUCCCAUGGCGGCUUCCUCUCUGCGUCCUCCGCUGGUGGUGAUCCUGGGGGCCACGGGGACCGGCAAGAGCCGCCUCGCCCUCCAGCUGGCCCUCCGCCUCGGAGGAGAGCUCCUCAGUGCAGACUCCAUGCAGGUGUACAAGGGCUUGGACAUCAUCACCAACAAAGCCUCUCCUCAGGAGCAACAGCUCUGCAGACACCACAUGCUCAGCUUCGUGGACCCCUUGGUCAUCAACUACACCAUUGUGGACUUCAGGAACAAGGCCGCCGCCAUCAUCGAAGACAUCUUUGCCGCUCGGAAGAUCCCAAUUGUGGUUGGCGGGACCAAUUAUUACAUUGAGUCUUUGCUUUGGAAGGUCCUCAUCGACACAGAGGAGAAGAGCCCUGGAUCUGUGGUAGACCGGAAAACAGAGCUGGAGAAACUAGAUGGCCAGGAGCUCCAUCAGCGCCUGAGUCAAGUGGACCCCGAAAUGGCCUCCAAGCUGCACCCACACGACAAACGCAAAGUGGCCAGGAGCUUGCAGAUCUUUGAGGAAACUGGUGUCCCGCACAGCGAGCUCCUGCGGCAGCAACACGAGGAGGAAGGUGGGGGACCCUUGGGGGGACCCCUGAAGUACCCCAAUCCUUGCAUCUUCUGGCUUUAUGCAGAACAGGCAGUCCUGGAGGAGCGCCUGGAUAAACGUGUGGAAGCCAUGCUCCAAGCUGGGCUUUUGGAGGAGCUGCGCAGUUUUCACCGGCGGCACAACCAGCAGAAGGUGGCGGAGAACUGCCAGGACUACCAACACGGCAUUUUCCAGUCCAUUGGUUUCAAGGAAUUCCACCAAUUCCUCAUCACGGAGGGCCAGUGUCCAGAGGAGGAGAGUCAGCAGCUCCUGGAAAAAGGCAUUGAGGCCCUGAAGAUUGUGACCAAGCGUUACGCCCGGAAGCAGAACAAGUGGGUCCGGAACCGCUUCCUCCAGCGCCCUGGACCCAACGUUCCCCCUGUUUAUGGCCUGGACGUCUCGGAUCUCUCCAAAUGGGAGGAGAAAGUCUUGGAGCCUGCUGUCCAGAUCAUAGAGAGCUUCCUGCAGGGCCAAACACCAGCUGUGGAGCCCUUCAAAGUGCCCUGCGACCCUUCAGAAGAAGACAAGCGGAGCUGCCAUCCCUGCGAGGCCUGCCAAAGGGUCAUCAUUGGCGACCGAGAAUGGAAAGCUCACCUCAAAUCCAAGUCCCACCGCUUCCACCUGAAGAAACUGCAGCAACAAAGCUCAGCUUCCCCCGAGGCCUCUCUGGACAAUGGCCCAAAGUGGACAGAAGAGGAGGAAGAGGCUGGAAUCAGGACCUCGGACCUGGCCUAGCCCUGACCACAUAGCAUCUCUCAACCCCGGGACUAGUGGCCCCAUCCACCCAAAGGACUCAGCCUUGGUACUACAGUGCCAACCUUAAACUUUCUACUUGUUAGAAAGGUGAAGAUUAUAUAUUUUUAUAUUGCAGAGGUUGGUUUCUUCCUCACUCAAAUAUAAUAAGAAUAAUAAUUUUA